AGCUCUUCUGAUGCAUAUUAUUAUUAUGACAUUUACAGACUUAGUUGAAGAGAAAAUCACCUCUGUCAAUGUUGGGAAGGGUGGUGUAAAUGUCAAUGCAGGAAAACCAAAGCCUGGAGGCACUUCUGUCAAUGUCGGAAAGGGCGGGGUAAAUGUUAACGCAGGAAAGGGUAAGCCAGGAGGGACUUCUGUCAAUGUUGGAAAGGGUGGAGUAAACGUUAAUACAGGAAAAGGUAAGCCUAGAGGCACAUCUGUCAAUGUUGGAAAGGGUGGAGCAAAUGUGAAUAAUGGUGAAGGAAAGCCAGGUGGUGGUGGUACCAGGGUGAAUGUUGGCAGCAAAGGUGGAGUAUCUGUGAGCUCAGGAGGCAAGGGCAAGCCUGUGCAUGUUACAGUAGGGAAAAGCCCAUUUAUUUACAAGUAUGCUGCCACUGAGACUCAAGUCCAUGACAACCCAAAUGUAGCACUUUUCUUCUUAGAGAAGGACAUGCAUCCUGGAAGAGUAAUGAAUCUGCAUUUCCCAGAAAAUACAGAGACCGCAACUUUCUUACCUCGUCAGGUUGCUAAACAAAUACCAUUUUCAUCUGAAGAAUACAAAGAAGUCUUGAAGCAGUUUUCAGUAAAACCUAGAUCAGUGGAAGCCGAGAUCAUGAAGAACACAAUUGAGGAGUGCGAACAACCUGGGAUUCAAGGUGAGGAAAGACAUUGUGCAACCUCACUGGAGUCAAUGAUUGACUUUAGCAUCUCCAAGCUUGGGAAAAAUGUCAAUGCAAUCUCUACAGAAGUGGAAAAUCAAACACAGCAGGAGUACACAAUUGAAGCUGGAGCAAAGAAGAUGGCAGGUGAAAAGUCAGUAGUUUGCCACAAGCAGAAUUAUGCAUAUGCUAUCUUCUACUGCCAUGAAACAAUAACUACAAGAGCUUACUUGGUUCCUUUAGAGGGUGCUGAUGGGACAAAAGCAAAAGCAGUAGCAGUCUGCCAUACAGAUACAUCAGCCUGGAAUGCAAAACAUUUGGCUUUUCAAGUCCUUAAAGUUAAACCAGGAACCUUUCCCAUCUGUCAUUUUCUUCCUCAGGAUCACAUUGUCUGGGCUCCUAAGUAGAAAGCCUGCAGAAUAGAUCUGAAUCCUUUAAUUCCUUACAUCUAUCAAACUGCCAUGUAGUUUGAACCAAAACAGAUCAAAACCAUAUCCACUCAGUUUUAUAAUAAUGUACCUAAACUUCC